AGAGGAUGCUGCUGCGGGCAGGGGCUGCCUCCCGGGCCUCCAGCGGCGGCAUCCUCAGCCCUGGCGAUGCAGGCACCACCCCCCGCCCCUGGUGAGCCGCAGUGCUCCAGGAGGGGCCCCCGCUAGCCCCAGCCCAGCCCGUGCAUUCAGCUCCGGCGAGGAAGGGAUGGGAGUGAGGGCAGCUGUUCCUGUCCCCUGCUCAGCAGCAGGAGAGUCAAUGCGGCAGCCUCCCCACUGAAGGAGCAGUGGGCAAAGCCAGUGCGGUUGCCUGAGGACACUGGGAGGCUGCCCUGCUCCUCCUCCUCUCCCGCUUGCAUUGCCUGCUCUUGCAUUCAUCCCGUUAGGAACACCCCAGCCCAGCCCCUGGAUUCCCUCUGCAAGGCUCAGCCAUGGGGGCGCUGACCAGCAGGCAGAACGCAGGGGUGGAAGAGGUGGACAUCCCUUCUAAUUCAGUCUACAGAUAUCCUCCUAAAUCCGGGAGCUACUUUGCCAGCCAUUUCAUCAUGGGAGGUGAGAAGUUUGACUCCACGCACCCGGAGGGCUACCUCUUUGGAGAGAACAGUGACCUGAACUUCCUGGGAAACAGACCUGUAGUGUUUCCUUACGCCGCCCCACCCCCCCAGGAGCCGGUGAAGACACUCAGGAGUUUAAUCAACAUCCGCAAGGACACGCUGCGCCUAGUCAAGUGCACGGAGGAAGUGAAGACCCCUGGCGAGGAAGUCAGCAAAGCCAAGGUCCACUACAACGUGGAGUUCACCUUUGACACUGACGCGCGAGUGGCCAUCACCCUUUAUUACCAGGCUACCGAAGAAUUCCAGAACGGAGUAGCCAGCUACCUCCCCAAAGACACCAGCUUGCAGUCAGAGACGGUCCAUUACAAACGAGGGGUGUGCCAGCAGUUCUGCGUCCCCUCCCACACCGUCGAUCCUUCCGAAUGGGCAGAAGAGGAGCUGGGCUUUGACCUGGACCGAGAGGUGUAUCCCAUGGUGGUGCAUGCCGUCGUGGACGAGGGAGAUGAGCACCUCGGCCACUGCCACGUACUGCUGGCGACAUUUGAGAAGCAUGCAGAUGGUAGCUUUUGUGUGAAGCCCCUCAAGCAGAAACAAGUGGUGGAUGGAGUUAGCUACCUCCUUCAGGAGAUCUAUGGGAUCGAGAACAAAUACAACACGCAGGACUCCAAGGUGGCUGAGGACGAGGUGAGCGAUAACAGCGCCGAGUGCGUGGUCUGCCUCUCGGAUGUGCGGGACACUCUGAUUCUACCCUGCCGCCAUCUUUGCCUCUGUAACACUUGUGCGGACACCCUGCGUUACCAAGCCAACAACUGCCCCAUCUGCAGGCUGCCAUUCCGAGCCUUGCUCCAGAUCCGAGCAAUGAGGAAAAAACUUGGCCCUCUCUCUCCAACCAGCUUCAGCCCAAUCAUCGCCUCCCAAACGUCCGAUUCUGAGGAGCACUCGUCUUCUGAGAACAUUCCUCCUGGCUACGAGGUAGUGUCUCUGCUGGAAGCUCUCAACGGGCCCCUCACUCCGUCCCCGGCCGCCCUUCCGCUGCACGGGCUUGGGGACAGCCACGGGGCAGGGAUGUUGCCGUCGUAUGGCAGCGACAGCCACCUGCCUCCCAUCAGGACGCUCUCUCCCCUUGACCGCUUGUCGGACUGUGGCAGCCAAGGGCUCAAACUCAAGAAGAGCCUAUCAAAGUCAGUUUCCCAGACUUCCUCGGUCCUGCACGAAGAAGAUGAUGAGAAGUCCUGCAGCGAAUCAGAAAUCAGGAUUUCCAGGAGGAAGUCUCCUCAUCAGCAUGAGGAGGAAUAUGGUAUGACACCAGAGAGUGAAAACCUCACCUUGUCCUCCUCGGGAGCAAUAGAUCAGUCUUCGUGCACAGGAACCCCUCUCUCCUCCACCAUCUCCUCCCCAGAAGAUCCUGGCAGCAGCAGCCUGGCCCAGUCCAUCAUGUCCAUGGCCUCCUCCCAAAGUCAGCACUCCCAGAUCAGCACCGACACCAUGUCUUCCAUGUCUGGCUCUUAUGUCGCUCCAGGCACAGAGGAAGAGGGGGACAUGCUCCCAUCCCCUGCUGCUGCCAGUGGGAUUCCUUCAGAAGGAGAGUCAACCCCUGUGGAAUCUCCAGAUAGGAAUUUUGUCAGUAUCUCUGCGGAGGAGCGAGACGCGGAGGGGAACGACGUCAUGGAGGAAGAGGACGGAUCUCCCACCCAGGAAGACGGCCAGAGGACAGGUGCUUUCCUAGGUAUGGAGUGUGACAAUAACAAUGACAUUGACAUCGCGAGCGUGAAAGCGCUGGACAAUAAGCUGUGCUCUGAGGCCUGCUUCCCUGGUAUCAAGGGGUCAGAUGACAAUGCCCUGACCCGCAGACCAGCCCAGAGGCACCAUCUGCCUUCCAGCAGCAUCAACCUGGAAGAGGAGGAAGAUAUGCAGUGCAUGAUGGGCCCGCUGGCUGUCUGAAGAGACUCCACCCUCUCUGGGACUGCAUGCUCAUUCCAGCAUCACACUGGAGGGAGGGCAAAGCCCCCCCCCCACCACACUUCCCCAGCACUAAAGAAACGCAGAGCAGCAGCUCUGUGGGCAUUAACACCUCAAAUCCAGCCGAUGUAGCGAUACUGAUUUUUACACAAUUGAACUGGACGUCUCAUUGCUCCUCUCUGUGGACCCUUUCCCGAUAUUUAUGCUAAGACAAACUGGGCUCACCGUGAUCACAGCAGAACCGGUUUUGUUUGAAUUAAGGAAGAGUGGCUACCCAGGUCUGAGGCUUUCCAGUCUCCUCCUGACAUCUAUCCACGUGCUGUAGCCAAGGGCUAGUUGGUUCUCUCUCCGCCCACUCCUGUCCUCUUCAAUGUGGUGACCAGGGAAUAGGGGAGGAAAGAGCUGAUGUUUUGCGCCCUUCCCCCACUCCUGCCUCUUCUCUCCAGUCUUCACUGAUAGUUUGAGCCUCUAGCUUCUCAGCUGGGCCCCAGGGCAGCGCUGAAAGGUCUGCGUGCGUGACCCCGCAGGAGAUGUUCCAGGGUGGGAGGUCUGCAUGACAGCGAGGGCCUCCCUCCAGGGAAGUGGGGGAGGGGAACGAGCGUUCGUCUCCGGGUUGGAGAGGUGGGUGCCGCCUGCACUUGGCAGUUGGUUAAGAGAGGAGCAUGACUGGGAGCAAGCCUACCUGCCCAUGGGCAGGCUCUCCCUCCGUGUCCAUCUGCAUGUAGCUCACAUUCAUCUACCUCGCAAGCGUGCAGUAUCCACCUCGCUCGCUCAGCUACACGCAUUCUGCCGGUGUAAGUUUCCCUAAGGCCUGAGCCAUGUAAGGCUAAAUCCUGAUCUCGUUAAAGUCAAUGGGAACGUGGCCAUUGCCUUCAGUGGGACCAGGAUUCGGCUGCCCGUGCUCGUGAUGAUCCUCCGAGGGGCAGGCUCGCACACACCCAUGGGGACAUCUGUGCUGGUGCAUGCAAGCAGGUGAGCUUACAAAUGAGAGCUGGCAUACCUGAGUAGGUGCACUUAAGCGUGCAAAAGACUGUGCAUAUGUAGGCUUGUGUACAUGCCAGUGUGCAUGGACCCUGAAGCACGUAUGUGCACGUGAGUGUGAGUGCAUAUUCACAUUUGCUCAGCCCUCCCUUGCCCUGCCAGUUGGUGAUAUCUUUACCCCGACACCGACACGUGAGGAUCAAGCCUCCAAAUUCGUGCUUUAAAUGCGGCUGAUUUCACACCUUCAAAAUAUCCCCUCGGUCCCCCUUACCCUCCUCCCUCUGCCAUCCUGCAGCUCCAGGCCUUUCUUCCUGCUGCAAAACCAACCCAAGCAAUAACCCAGCUCCCCUGCUCUGAGCCAUGACUCAGCAAGAGAUCAGAGGAAGGGCAAUUAUUGGCCUGGAAGUGGGGGCUCACUUCUUAAUCUUCAGCCUUUGCUUCUGUCUGGUAUUUAACUAGAGGAUCUGGGGCAGGGAAAUGGUAACCUAGUUCCCUACAAUGAAAGCCACAGCAGGGGCCCAACAGCCAGCCUCUCAGAGAUGGUGAAGGGACUUUUCCACAUCCUCCAAACUGCCGCCAUGCUGGCUCCAUUCGUCUCAGCUGGAGGGGGCUCAGCGCAAGCCGACGCCCCUCUGUCCGGAACAAUUGCAGAGACAAACUCAGCCCCUCUCUUUGUUCCAUCUCUCUAAAGCACCUUGCCGAGAGCGUCGGCAAACAAGGACGUGUGCGCUGCGUCGCCCCCCGACCUCCAACCGCUGGUACCGUUCCUCCCACUCCACCCCCACUUUUCACUCCUCGGUUUUUCUUUCGAUUUCUGACCUGUUAGUCUUGGAGCAGCGUGGCGAAGGGCACAGAUUGAGCCCAAAGGGGGGGGGGGGGGCUUUAAGAAUGCAGGAUAAGGCGGGGCAAAGCGUAGCAGACCCCCCCCCCCAGCGGCCAGGGCCGGUGCAAGGAAGUUUCGCGCCCUAGGCGAAACUUCCACCUUGCGCCUCCCCCCCCAACCCUGCUGCAGCUCCCCACUCCCCUCCACCCUGAGGCUCCCCCCCGCCCUGAGACGCCCCCCCAUGGCAGCUCCCCCCCUUGCCCUGAGGCACCCCCCCGCAGCAGCUCCCCACCCCCCGACACGGGGAUCCGUGCGGCAGCUCUGACCCAGGGGUUCCCCUGGGCUGCUGGUGGCGCACUGACCCAGGGGAACCCCUGGGCUGCCUGCCGGCGGCUCAGACGCCCUCUCUCUCCCAGCACAUGGCCGUUGUAAAAAAAAAAUUGGGGGCGCCGCUUUUUGGCGGGCUUCUCCCGCAGUUACCAAGGGGCCCUUUGAGAAGUCCAAGGGCAGGUGCAGACGGGAUGCCAGGAAUCAUCUGAGUCUUUGUUAUAUUUCCUACCCGAAAUACCCCUCAAUAAAAACACUGCAGCAAUCGACA